CGCUAUCUCUCAUAGUUUCAUACAUAAAUACUCUUCCUCCACUUUUUUUUGUCUUCAGUUUAUUUUCUUCUCAGCUUCUAAAGUUUCUCAUAUGAUUAUUAGAAAAUUCUUGCUCUAAAUUUCAGCCUGCAUUAUUCCUAAGAAAAUUUGCUUCAAAUUAUCAUAAGGGUUGAGCGGGAAAUUGAAAGCUUGAAACUUUUCAUUAUUUUUGGCAGAAAAUAAAUCAUGGGUAUUGCUGAAAAAAAGCAGAAAACCCAAGAAUUUUGCAUAAUGUGUAAAGUUGAAGAUGGUGAAGUAAUUAGAGAAAGAAAAGGUGUUAAUUGUGGAGGUGAAAAAGAAUGGAAGAUGGAUAUUAAGUUGGAAAAUUUACUGGGUGAUGCACAAAAAGUUGAUAGAUUAAGAUUAUCAAUGGCAAAUCGAUCUAGAAGAUUCAAACAAUGGAUGAUUAGAGGAUUAACUUUGAUAAUUUUAUGGGUUUGUUUGCUUCAAUUAACUGCAAUGGUUGAACUUUGGAGACCUACUGUGAUGAAGAGUUGGCCUAAUUGUUUCAAUAGUACUGCUGUUGAUACUCCUUUGAAUGUUAAGGAGAUUGUUGCCCCACUCAAGAUUUCUCGUCCUCCUAAAAGGGUUUAUAAAAACAAUGGUUACCUUAUGGUGUCUUGUAAUGGUGGACUUAAUCAAAUGCGAGCCGCGAUAUGUGAUAUGGUUGCCAUUGCCAGAUAUUUGAAUGUCACUCUAAUUGUUCCAGAAUUGGAUAAAAGAUCAUUUUGGAAGGAUCCUAGUGAUUUCCAAGACAUUUUUGAUGUUGACCAUUUCAUCAAUUCAUUGAGAGAUGAAGUUCGGAUUUUGAAAGAGUUACCUCCAAGUACGAAGAAACGAUUUGAAGAAAAACCGCAAGCUUUCUCGUUGGCUCCCGUUAGCUGGUCUGACCUUUCCUAUUAUCAUAACCAGAUUCUUCCACUGUUUUUGAGACAUAAACUCGUACAUAUGAACAAAACUGAUGCUCGGCUUGCAAAUAAUGGGUUGCCACUCGAUAUUCAAAGGCUACGGUGUAAGGUGAAUUAUCAAGCAUUGAAAUUCACUCCUCAAAUUGAAGAAUUAGGACAAAGAGUUGUUAGCAUUCUAAGGGAAAAAGGCGACUUUCUGGUGCUUCAUCUGCGAUAUGAAAUGGAUAUGUUAGCUUUCUCAGGGUGCACUCAAGGUUGCACUGAAACUGAGGCGAAAAAUCUGACGGAUAUGAGGUAUUCCUACCCUUGGUGGAAGGAAAAGGUCAUAGACUCGGAUGCUAAACGACGAGAUGGACUCUGCCCAUUGACCCCUGAGGAAACUGCCUUAACACUAAGUGCACUCGGAAUUGAUCCAAAUAUCCAAAUUUAUAUUGCUUCAGGGGAAAUAUACGGAGGGAAAAGGAGAAUGGCUAGCUUAGCCUCGUCUUUCCCAAAUUUGGUAAGAAAGGAGACCCUACUUGAACCUUCAGACUUGAAAUACUUUCAGAAUCACUCGUCUCAGAUGGCCGCCUUAGACUAUUUAGUCUCAUUGGAAAGUGAUAUAUUUGUUCCUACAUAUGAUGGCAAUAUGGCUAGAGUUGUCGAGGGCCAUCGCAGAUUCAUGAACUUCAAGAAGACAAUUUCUCUGGAUAGGAAGCUCCUGGUUCACUUAAUUGAUGAAUACAACGACGGAUCAUUGGAGUGGGAUGAGUUCUCAGCUGCCGUGAAGGCAGCUCAUGCGAAUCGUAUGGGAACCCCCCAUACCCGAACUGUGAUUCCCAAUAAACCCAAAGAAGAGGACUAUUUCCAUACGAAUCCAUAUGAAUGCCUGGAACAACAACAACCUGAUGAAGCAUUGCAAGUCGCGUGAAUACUAUAGUCUCUCUCCCUCUUUCUCUCCCCUACAUGCUGAUGGAAUGUUCCUUAUACACAUUCAGAUGCAACUUUUGUACAGUUUGCAUCACGCCCACACACAUACACACACGCCGGUGCCCUCUCCCUCUCCCUCUCCCUCACACACACAGGAGGUAUAACCAAAUACAAAAGGGCUGAUUUCAAGCCAUAAGAUCAUUUAUAUGCCUUUCUUAGGCUUUUUUUUGGGCACUUUUUGAACAUAAAUUUUAUCUUUUGUUAUAUACCUAGCUAAUAAGUUUAUUACAUGUAUAGUGAAAGCUAGCUUUCCUUUUUUUUUUCAUAGCAUAUACAGGUUAUUCAAAAAUUUUGGAAUUAUUAUUUUAUUUAAUUUU